AUGAUGAUAUACAACAACAAGACCAUUUUUCACCCAGACACAUUUUUCCUCAUUGGAAUCCCAGGUCUGGAAAAGUUUCACGCCUGGAUCUCCCUGCCUUUCUGCUCUGUUUACCUUGUGGCUUUGCUGGGCAACGCUACAAUUCUCUUAGUCAUCAAGACAGAACAGACCCUCCGGGAGCCCAUGUUCUACUUUCUGGCCAUCCUUUCAACUAUUGAUUUGGCCCUUUCUACAAGCUCUGUGCCCCGCAUGCUGGGAAUCUUCUGGUUUGAUGCUCACGAGAUUAACUUUGGAGCUUGUGUGGCUCAGAUGUUUUUAAUCCAUGCCUUCACUGGAAUGGAAGCUGAGGUUCUGGUGGCUAUGGCCUUUGACCGUUAUGUGGCCAUCUGUGCUCCACUCCACUACAAGACCACCCUGACUUCCCGGGUGCUUCUGGGCAUCACAAUGUGUAUUGUAAUUCGCCCAGUCCUGUUUACACUUCCCAUUAUCUAUCUCGUCUACCGCUUGCCCUUUUGUCAGGCUCAUGUCAUAGCUCAUUCCUACUGUGAGCACAUGGGCAUUGCAAAAGUGUCCUGUGGAAACAUCCGUAUCAAUGCUAUCUAUGGGCUCUUUGUUGUCUCCCUCUUCCUUCUGAACUUGGUCCUUAUUGGCAUCUCAUAUGUUUACAUUCUCCGUGCUGUCUUCCACCUCCCAACACAGGAUGCUCGGCUAAAAGCCCUCAGCACUUGUGGCUCUCAUGUUGGGGUCCUCUGUGUUUUCUAUAUCCCGUCAGUCUUCUCUUUCCUCACUCACCGCUUUGGACACAACAUACCACGCUACGUUCACAUUCUUAUUGCCAAUCUCUAUGUGGUUAUCCCACCUUCUCUCAACCCCAUCAUUUAUGGUGUGAGAACCAAACAAGUAAGAGAGCAAGUGCUCUCUGUGUUCAAGAUAAACUAA